AUGGAAUGGGCACGACACGUUCUCCCUCAAGACACUUUCAUGUCCCAAAGCCUGGAAGAAUUGGGUCUGGGCACCUAUGUCCCACAUGUUCGGGCCAUUUCGAAAGAAACACUGAUUAUCGACGCCUUGAGAUUGUUCCUUCAGCACCGGGUCUCUUGUUUACCGGUCAUCGAUUCGGAAAAUCGCCUAAUUGAGCUAUAUGCCAAAUUUGAUGUGUUCAAUUUGGCCGUCACAAGGACCUAUCACAAUUUGGACGAGAGCAUUUACAAUGCCUUGGCUUUUCACCGUGCAAACAGACAGCGAUAUCCGAAACCUAUGACUUGUCUAAAGACAGACACCCUGAGCUCCGUCAUUGAACGGGUGGUCAAUUCUGGAAUUCAUCGACUGGUGAUUGUGGAUCCGCAUAAUCAUCUCCAGGGCAUCAUCUCCUUGUCCGAUAUUCUCACAUUCGUUGUGCAUCAGAAACCGGAGACCGACAGAGCCUCCGAGGCCUACUUACGCGUACCACCUCGCUCGUGA